AUGACUUGCGCCGAGGACCAGACUUCGAAAGGUAGGGUGUCCUCUGCAACAAAAUAUAUUAAAAUGUGUUAGGGUCAACCUUUCCAAUGGAUUCUGAACUCUCAGAACCCUCAGAAUCGGAGAUGUCGGCUUUUUUCAGUUCAAGUUUCGAUGAUAAAACUCUUUCUGAUCUCUCCAGUGCGACUUCAGAAGAGUCAGAAGUCCAAGUCAAGUCGGCCUCAUCAGUUUUUAACGAGUCAUUCAUUGAAAGUUCUGAUCUGUUUGACAGUUCCAUCUAUUCGGCAGAGUUUGUUCCCAGUGAUUAUGGAGGUCGUCCUGAAGUUACCCUUCCAAUCCUCGACGAGGAUGCUGCCAAUUAUUAUAUCGGGGUAAUGACGGACACUGAAGCCUUCAGAUUUCUGACCAGAAGACGAUCGUUCUUCCUAUAUCAUUCUUGGGAUCCCGAGGUUGGUUCAAAUAUAAAUUUUAUAAUAUUUUAGAGUGACCAAGAUCAACUUCCUUUGAUGUUUAUCUACAGGGCACUCAAUGGGGAAUGCUAUAACAUUAAUGUGAAGUUAAAUGACCUCUGCGAAUAUUAUGUGGAACAGAAAAUGUUUUUAUCUCUGACGGAUUUGGUAUGUUUUACAGGAAAGAGGUAGAUACUAUAUAUAUAACCUUCGAUUAAAGUUUAGUCAUCAUUUUAUUUCAGGUUAAUUAUUACGCGGAGGAAGCUCAAUUUGAGUCGGACCAGGAUUUAUUCGAUUUGGAUUAA